UAAAUCUUAUCGAUAAUUUGUUAAAAAAAGUUACACUAGAAACCAAAAGUGACCUAACAAACGAGAACCCUAGUAAUAUCCUUUCCAUAGAGAUCUCGCACAGAAAAUGAAAGUGUUUGAAAAACAGGGACACAGCUAGAUUGUAUUGGUCACGCAAUGAAAGUUGAAUAUGUCAAAUGAAAACAAGAACACAAAGACUUACAAGAUUGAUUGGCCAAAAUACAAGCCAUUGGACGAAUGGCUCAAGGGUCAACCUACAGAGACAUGGAAAGAAACAUUUGAAAAGGAUGGUUACUUGGUUGUGCAUGGACUUAUUGACAAGGAUUUUGUAGAAAUUUACAAGGAUGUCUACAUGAAGCUUCUGAAUGGUGAGAUAGACACGAGGCGCCAUCGACAAGAUCUUGGUUGUAAUGAGCCACAGAAGACACAAGUGGAGAACAUUUGCCAGAUCAUGUGGCCCCAUCUCUAUGUCCCAUCACUGAUGGAGGGCCCGCUUUCAGAAAGAGUUCAAGCCAUUAAUAAGAUUAUUAUCGGACCUGAUGCAGCAUUUGACUUCAACAUGUUAAUUUCCAAGGCUCCAAAGACUGAAACUGCCACACCAUGGCAUCAGGAUGAGAGCUACUGGCCAGACAUGCCAGACAAGAGGGCAUCAACUUGCUGGGUGGCACUCGACCAGUCAACAGUGGACAAUGGCUGCAUGUGGUUUGUGCCUGGUUCACACAAGCUUCCACUAAGAAAACACUGGCCUGCCUGUAAAGGAGCCCAUGUGUUGCAGUGUGAAUGUACUGAGGAUGAAGGCAAGCCUGAGCCUCUUCCUCCUGGAUCCUGUACCCUACACAGUGGACAUACCCUGCACUACAGCCGUGGCAACAGUACAAAUGGAUACAGACGGGCCUUUAUCAUAAACUACAGACCUGAGGCCAUGGUUGAGUGGGAACGAGAACGCAAUUUUGCACAUGGAAAAGAGGGCCUUGAUGAGACCAAAAGAGAUGAUGUUGUGAUUAUCAGACGUGAAGUCAAUAAUUAAAUCAGUUAGAAGUUUAUAGCCAGUGAAAACAUGGUCUUCUAAAUGGCAAGAAACACACAGAUGGAGUUUUGAAAGUUCCAAGGCCUUAUUCAUAUUAUACCAUGUUGAUUUUAAUAAUUUUGACUGGGCACAGAACUAUAAGCAUUACUGCAGCAGAGCACAUGGAUGCAAAUUUCAAACUGUCAUUCAGCUGAAUCAAAUACCACAUUUGUUUUGUGCAACAAGAACUCAGCAUCAAGUCAACUUUAACUGUUUUCAACCUAUUGAGUUCAACUCAAUAAGUGAGAGGUUUGAAUCGAUAUUGAGCCUAUAUAUGUGUGUUGACACAAGGAGCAUGAUAUAUGAAUCAAGCCUUUCAUAUUAUAUUUGUAAUAAACUGUAAAUUUGAACAAAA